AUGGAUGAUGAACAUGACGAAGUUGGAACCUUCCGAGCCACAAAUCAAAGUGCAAUGGAAGCUGGCACCAGAACUUUGGAAGAAGAAGAAGACUUGGCGGAAGCCACUCCCGUACCUCAUACUACUGAAAUACCUACUGCCAUGAGGGUGGAAGGUUUCAAUAACGAUCCGCCACCAAGACAUCAUUCAAAGCGGCAGGAAUUUGGAUGGUGCCUUUUCCUUGUCCUGCUUUCUGCUGCAAUGGUGGCCAUCUUGUUAGUGUCCGUGAUCGUGGAUCAAAAUACCGCUGGACAGGAACAUCCACAGGAAACGUUCCAGCACCCAGAAAACAACAACACCGCAGGGUCACAUGACAGCACAAUCAUCAGCAACAACACCUGGGAUCAUGUUCUCUCCAUAUUCUGGAUAUACACCUCCGCCGCCACAACUACAUCAGGAAAACCUUCACCACAUUCACCACCUCCACCAGGGGCAACACGAAAAGUCAACAUCACCUCCACACCCUGGCUUUCCUAUGAGCACUUUGCUUGUACUUGGUUCUCCACGGCCAGGUUUAUGAAGGAACAAGUCUGCAAGAACAGCAGCAGUCGCAGUCAUGAUGAUGAAAGCAUCCAAACAGUGGAGACUUUGCAUAUCAUGCAAAACAACCUCCAAGGAAGUCUUCCCGAUGAGCUGGGAUUGCUGACCAAUUUGAAGAAGUUAUGGCUGGGAAGGAACAACCUGCAAGGUACCAUCAUUCCCCAAAUUGGUAUCAAAACAUGGGGCUGA